AUGUAUCUCAUCCUCUACAUCAGAAGAUUCAUACUGGAGAGAACGAUCCAUACUGGCAAGAAACCUUAUGAAUGUAAGGAGUGUGGGAAAGCCUUCGGUCGUCACUACCAUCUUACUCAACAUCACAAACUUCAUACCAGUGAGAAACCCUACACAUGUACGGAAUGUGGGGACGCUUUUAUUUGUAGUUAUCAACUUAGCUUACAUCAGAGAAUCCACACCGGUGAGAUUCCAUAUAAAUGUAAGGAAUGUGGAAAGACCUUCAGUUGUAGGUAUCACCUUACUCAACACUUUAGACUCCAUACUGGUGAGAAGCCGUAUGGAUGUAAAGAAUGUGGGACUCCCUUUCGUCUUCAGGCAGAACUUGCUCGACACCACACAACUCAUACUGGGGAGAAGCCCUAUAAGUGUAAGGACUGUGGGAAGGCCUUUAGUGUUAAUUCAGAACUCACUCGGCACUACAGAAUUCAUACAGGUGAGAAACCUUACAAAUGUAAAAUAUGUGGGAAAGCCUUUAUUCUGUGCAUGCACACAGAUGGGGUACCACACUCCCACGGCCACCAGGACCAGCUCCUGUUGCCUCCGACUGCUGCGGGGUCUGUGGAUCAGUGA